CAUUCAGUGCCGUGUCUGACCUCUGAAUCACUAUAUACACACAGACACAUGUAUUUAUAUCAACACAUAUCUGCAAUUUUUUUUCAUACGCAAACUCAAUUCGCUGCUGCGUUUGGGAGCCGUCUUUCCGUUUCCGUUUCUCGCAGACGAAUUUGGCCAAGUAGCGUUUGAUUUCACGUUUCGUGAUUUUGCAUCUGAGCAUGUUUUUGAGCUCUAUUCGGCUGCGUUAAAAAUGAGAAGAAGCGUGAAUGGACCCGACGCGAUGGAGACGAUUAACGCCGCCGCCUCGGCGAUCGUAUCUGGGGAGACGCGCGGCCAUCAUACUUCUGCUCAGAAAAGAAGGUGGGGAAGCUUCUGGAGUCUUUACUGGUGUUUUGGGUCGCCCAAGAAUAAGCGAAUCGGGCAUGCCAUUCUUGUUCCUGAAAGUAGUGCCUCAGGGGCUGAUUCCACCAGAGCUGAACAUUCAUCCCAACCGCCUUCUAUAGUAUUUCCUUUUGUCGCGCCUCCUUCGUCUCCUGUAUCUUUCCUUCCUUCAGAAACUCCUUCUGCUACUCAGUCACCGAGUGGCAUAUUAUCAAUGACAUCUGUAUCAGCAAACAUGUAUUCUCCUGGUCCUGCCUCUAUGUUUGCAAUCGGACCUUAUGCUCACGAGACCCAGUUAGUUUCUCCUCCAGUCUUUUCUACAUUCACCACAGAGCCAUCUACUGCCCCCUACACGCCUCCCCCUGAGUCUGUCCACAUGACCACACCAUCCUCUCCUGAGGUGCCGUUUGCAAGACUUCUUGAACCCAACCUCCAGAAUGGUCAGAGAUACCCUUUUUCGCAGUAUGAAUUUCAGUCUUAUCAGCUUCAACCUGGCAGUCCAGUAAGCCAUCUGAUCUCACCAAGCUCGGGCAUCUCCGGUUCAGGCACGUCGUCACCUUUCCUCGACUGUGAAUUUGCAGCUGCUGGUCAUCCCUUUUUCCUAGAGUUCAAAACUGGUAACCCUCCUAAACUUCUGGAACUCGACAAGAUUGUCCUUCGCGAAUGGGAGUCUCAUCAAGCAUCUGGUGCAAUAACUCCAGAUGCUGUGGGGCCCAUACCACGGGACAACCACCUACUGAACCGUCAAGAUUCCGACAGUGGCAAUAGAUUGCAAAACGAGGAGAGUGCAGUGAGUCAUAGGGUUUCAUUCGAGAUAACGGAUGAGGAAGUGAUAAGAUGCGUGGAAAAGAAGCCCCAGUCAAAUUCAAGCUCACAACACAUGAGCGGGUGGUUAGAAAAGGCAAACGCAGGAGAAAGCUCGAGAAAGAGAGGGGAGGCAGAGGAGGGGGAGGUGGAAGGAGGGCAUCAGAAGAAGCGAACGAUCACUCUAGGAUCGAGCAAGGAAUUCAACUUUGAGAACAUGGACGAAGCAAGCAUGGGGUCGUCGGAGUGGUUUGUUGGGGAGGAGGGAGGAGGACAUAGCGAGAAGUGGUCGUUCUUCCCGAUGAUGCAGACGGGGGUGAGCUAGGUAGCAACAUCGAAAUUGAAACAAUGGUAAGUUAGGACUGACUCAAUGUAUACCCUACACUGUUUUUUGACCACCAGGAUAUAGCAAUAGCAGAUUCAUAGAGUCGGGCCUGUGUGUCUAUUGGUCUCGAUACAAUUUCUUGUAUAUGUAAUAUAAAUAAUACUACUCAUCAUAAGAAUGAAUAGCUUUGCUUUCUAUGUA